AUGCAUUUCACUCGGUCGGACUCUUUCAAACUCAUUCCACCCUGUGAACAGCCAUUCACUAUCCGGGAGCAAAUAAUCCAAAUGGUCAAAAUGAAAUCAUGUGUAAUCCAUGACAGGCUCCUCCGGGAUCUCAUUGCCCAUGGAUGGAGGCUCAACGGGAGAUCUGAAGAGACGGAAACGGAUUGGCAAUUAGAUGCCAAGCUUGAUGCCCAACUGGACGCCGAUUUGGACGCCCAAAGGGCCAAAGAAUCUGAUUCGGACUCUGAAGAUUUGGACACCCAAAGGGCAGAAGAACCCAAGGUCUAA